AUGAUUAGAGAUUCGCACCUAAUGGAAGGUUGGACUGCCGAAAAUGAUCAAACUAUGUUUAGAGAUUCGCACCUAUUAGAAGGUUGGACUGCCGAAAAUGGUCAAACUAUUAUGAGAGAAUCGCACGUAUUGGAGGGUUGGACUGCCGAAAAUUAUCAAACUAUUAUUGAAGAUUCGCACGUAUCGGAGGGUUGGACUGUCGAAAAUGAUCAAACUAUUAUUAGAGAUUCUCUCGUAUCGGCUGGUUGGACUGUCGAAAAUGUUCAAACUAUGAUUAAUGAUUCGCACCUAAAGGAAGGUUGGACUGCCGAAUAUGGUCAAACUAUUAUAAGAGAAUCGCACGUAUUGGAGGGUUGUACUGUCGAAAAUGAUCAAACUAUGAUUAGAGAUUCGCACGUAUCAGAGGGUUGUACUCCUGAAAAUGAUCAAAUAUAUUAUUAG